UAUUGUGCAAACAUUUUUGUUAAUUCGGUGGAGUUUCUUAAUUGGGGAAUACUUUUCAUAACGCCAAAUUUUUUUUGAUAACAGUAAAUAUCUUGUAAAUUUAGUAACAUGAAGAUAUUAAAGGCACCCCGGUAACAUAUAUUUGAAUUGAAUCAAUUGGCAGCUUCUGUUCGCUAUGAACUUCAGUGACGACCCUUUAGCGGAUUUGUUGAGCGAUAAUAGCCUAGACAAUGACGGCUUCUUUGACAAUCCGGUUAGCAAAAAGCAAACGACUCGGAAGAAUAUAAAUAAAAACAAAUUAGAUGAAUUGUUUGGAAUUCAAGAGGAAAGUGAAUCAACAACGACGCCCGUGCCAAAAGCACGUCAGCCGGUGCCAACAACAACAACAACAACAACUGUUGCUAGCACAUCCCGUUUCGCUAACCAGCAACGUAUGCAAGCUAAGGAGCCACCCGAAGACGAUGAUGAUUUGGGAUUUGACCCACAAAAACCAAAAGCGGGCGGUAAGUUGAAUUUGUUGGACGAUUUGCUUGCAAGCUCCGUUGUUAACGAACCGAGAAGACCGAUGACUGCGCAGCCGACAACUGGACGGCGCGACACAGAAAAACCUUCUAUUUCACGCCAGUCUACUGACACUACCACCGAAACCUCAAAUGUGCCACUGGCACAACCACGCCCAAAAACUUCAGUGGGGCGUCGGAGUUCAAGUGCUUCGAACGUCAUGAAUACUGAUCCACUAGGCCUUUUUAGCGCACAAGCUAAAGAACGCGAAAAAGAACUACCCACCUCUGGUAUGUCGACACCAAAAACUAGGAAACGUGGCUCCACCGCCGACUGGUUGGGUCUGAGCACGGAACCGGAAAGUGCAGAUAAGACUGAACCUGUACAACAAUACUCACCGCUGCACGCACCAAAGCAGCCAACAACAUCGCUUUCUACAACUGCCAGUACAGCCAAAGACACCGUAGAAAUUUUAAAACUACCCGAUAAUGAGGAUCCUGCACCAAUUGUGCCGCACAUUGAAUUGCGGGAAGAUGCGCUGGUCGCACCUCAGCUUGAACCGCCUUAUGCAGCCGGCAGUAAUACCGCACAAAAUAUACUACUGCUAAACACACACAACAUGGAAAUGAAAAAUGCUUACACGGCCUUGCAACAGCAGGAGUCCCAAUUGGCUUUGGCUGCGCAAAUGAAGAACCAGGAGCGUGCGUUACUAGAAAUGCAGCACAAGCAAGAAGCUCUGCUCCAACACCAGGAGCGCCAAUUCCAAGCGCUGAUGCAGCAGCAGCUGCAACGACAACAACAAAUGGAGGAGCACAUAAAGAUGCAACAGCAGCGCAUAAACACACACAUUCAACUUUUGAUGUCGCAACCUGCUAUGCUAGCGCCAAUGCCGCCGCCAGCCACAAUGUUAGCGGCUGAUGCUUUGGGGGAACGUGUGGGCUCACCAGAUGGUACACCAGAAAAGGCCGACGACGCGCAAGCGUCGCGUGGUCACGGCCGCAGUCAGAGUGGAAGCCGUAGCCGCAGCCACAGCCAGAGUAGGCCUGUUUCGCCGCAGGGCAUGAUGCUGGAAACUAUACAACUAGAAGCGGAUGUGAAACGUUUAGAAUUGGAGAAAUUGCGCUUGGAGGAGCUGGUGGCAAAUCAAAAGGUCAAUUACGAACGUGAAAUUGAGUUAAUUGAACGCUCCUACAAGAAACAGCUGGAAGUGGUCGAGCAUCAUGCGCAAACGAUGGAGGCACGGCUGAAAACCGAAGUGGAUGAAAUUUCCAAGCACUACACACAAAAACUGGACGCUUUGGAGAAUGAAAAACAGAGACUAAAAUCAGAUUACGAUGCUGACUUCAGCGCAUUGAAACAGGAUCACGAGGAUGAGCUGCGCAAGCUAAAGAAAUCACAGGAAGACGAUCUGGAGAUGCUAAGGGAAGAGCAUCGACGCAUGUUGGAGAGUGUACGGCAGGCUAAAAUGCUUGAGUUCGCAGCAAUACAAGAAAAUGGCUCAUAUAUGGAAACACUGAAAGCUGCUUCGAGCAACCUAGAAAAUUUAAGUGGCGGCCUGCAGGGCCUGCGCGAUGAGGUGCAUUCGAGGUUGGAGUUGUUGUAUAAAGAGAAAGAAAAAAAGCUGGAGGUGCGUGAAAGACGACUUGAAGACGCCGAGAGGCGUUUGAAGAUGCACGAAGAGAGCGCCGAUGAGGAGAAGAAGCGUUUGAUGACGCUCGUUAGUAGCUUAGAGCAGCAAUUGAACAAGCUUUCCAAAGACUCAGCUGAAGAGAAUUGGCUGGUGCGUCAACGCAUGGCAGCGCUCGAGGCCGAGAAGAUAGCAUUUGAAAAGGAAAAGGAGUUUGCACGCGAACAACUCGCGCGCGAUGAGAAACGUCUUGCCGAUCUAAAAGAGCAACAGCUAUCGGAGUCGCAGCGCAUGCUAGUUGAAGUGCAAGAGGAGCGUGCGCGUCUCUAUUUGGAGCGUACUAAAAUCGAGACGGAACAUAAGCUGCACUUUGGUCAGAAUGUGGAAAAACAAAACCUGGAAAUGGAUGCCGUUAUGAAAGUAGCACAAGAUGCGGCGCGCCAGGCGGAUAUUGAGCGUGAACGCUAUCAUAAAUCCUUGCGCCAAUUGGAGCAACAGAAGCGUGAACUGAUCGACAAGGAGAAUAGUUUGCGUGCCAGAGAGGAUGAGCUGCAUCAAGAAACACUCUCAUUCCGCAUGGCCGAAUACAAAUCCCAAGAAGUGCAAGAGAAGGCACGCGUGGCCGAGCGUAGCUUCCAAACGAAAACGCAAUUGCUGAAGCAACGCAUGCGUGAGUUAAGCGAGAUGGAGAUGAGUCUCUCGCAAGAGCGUUUACUGCUUACAGAGGAGCGAAUAGCACUGCAGCAAUUGAAGACGCGUCUGCUGGAAAAGCGUUGCACUUUGUGCAAAAUGGGUGAUCAACGUGAAAAAGUGGUAAAAUUGUUUGGUGGAAAUGAUGGUGAGCAAGCGGAAAGAGGUGAAGGAGAUGGGCUUGGUGGCAAUAUUACCGCGGUGGAUGUGACUACGGAUCAGCGCCUGGGCAGUGGCAUGCUGGAACAACGCAAUAGCAGGCCUGAGGAGCUUCGAAUGCAUCAUAUGCUGGAGCAGGGCAAUAUUGUUGAUCGCAUGUUGGAUGAGAAUAUAGCCGAAUCAUAUCGCAAAAUGAAAGCGACAACAAACAUGAAAUACUGGCCGGAAACAGUGUUGGACGAUGAUGCUAAGGAGUUGGCAUUGCACAAUUUGGAUAGCGGACUGUUGCGUGAAAGUAUAGAUGAGUUGUUGCAUCGGAAUGCUCCAAAUAAGUAUUAGUGCAAAGAAUUUAGAAA